CAGUAUAGUUAGUUCUGGCCUGAAGCCCAUUUUCACACCUAACCCAAAAAAAAAAGAAGAAAAAAAAAGAGUUUCGAGUAUUAUUGCUAAGAUUAAAUAAUAAAAAAUAAAAAUUAACGGAGUACUGUAUAGUCGUUGGUAGAGUUUCAGUUAAAUCUAACAAAGUGGGGCUCCUAAACUCAAUUUUUUGAUGUUCUUCCCUGGAAUGGUGUGAAUCCCAGGGAAGUGACUGGACCUGGUAGAAUGGCAGACUCAAACCAGGAUGUUGGUGACUAUGACACACUGAAAAUUGAUGGAGUGGAAGUUCUUUGGACUGAAAAAUAUGAAUCUCUAUUUGUAUAUAUAAUGGCGGAAGAAAUUGCUAAGGGAAACAUGCAAGCAACUACUUUUGCCAACGCAGCAUGGAAAAGUAUUGCAGAGGCUCUGAGACAAAGAACAGGGAAGGAAUACACAUAUUUGCAGUUGAAGAAUAAAUAUCACAACCUGAGGGCUCGAUGGAGUGACUUUAGUAACCUGUUGCAGGAGAGAGACAUUGUGUAUGACUCGAUAACUGGAGAAGUUAUUGCUUCAGAUGCUGUGUGGAGAAAAUUGUCAACGAAAUAUCGGCGAGCAAAAAGCUUCAGAAAGAAAGGAUUGAAAGAUUAUGAUAAAUUGUGCGUGAUAUUUGGUGAUCCAAAAAUCCAAUACAUUAGAGGAGAUUCCAGUGAAGGAGAUGGAGAUCCUUAUAGAGCCAAGAGAAUUGAGAAACGUCAAACUCCAGAGACCCCAUGUAAAGAUAUAUUGGUUGAGAAGUCUACUACUCCAAAGAGACAAAAAAUCAGUAAGAAGUUGAGCUUAACCCCUUCCUUGGAUUCAGUUGCUGAUAGCGGUGAUGGUUGUGGGUACCAAUCUGUGCAAGUUCACGAUGUUGUUAGAUGUAUGGAGGCACUGAACUCGCUAGAAGGAAUAGAUGGAGCGUCAUACGUGAAAGCAACAAGGUAUAUACAUGAUGACCCCCUAUGGAGAAAGAUGUUUCUCUGUAUGCCAGAUGAAAGGAAGAAAGACUGGGUGCUCAACAUUUGAAUUUUGUGAUGGUUAGACUGCUAAGCUUUCAUUUUUGGAUUGUUAUGUCUGUCUGCUACAGUGGCAUACAUGUAAAUGCUCUGGAUUUACGACAUAACUUUUGGAUGCUGGAUAGGUGUAUAUAUAUAUACCGAGUAAAAAAAAAAAAAAAAAAAAAAAAAAA